CAAAGAAAAACCCUGCGAGUGGCGAGUGUUUUAAGAUCACACUCAAAAAUAACAUCAAAAAGUGGUAGUGGUAGUUGAAAGAGUGCCACAACUGACCAGCAACAACAACACCAACGACAAGCACAGACCAUCAGUCCCAAAAACAAUAAGCAGAGAAGAAUAAAGUUGCGGCUUUUGAGCUUCGCAUCACAUAGUCAAGAAAAACUUGGCUGACACCUCAAAAGCGGUAGCAGCUUAUUUUUCUUCCUUUUAUUUUUGGAAGCGCGUGUUCGUCGAGUGCGGGUGAGAAGAACAACGAAAAAAUGGCAGACUCUGAGAACAAACCGCAGCAGCUGCUGCCCAUUGAACAACAGCAGCCGCUGGCCGAGGAGGAACAGCAGGAGGACGAUGGCCAGCAGGGAGAAGGCAAGCCAGCUCCGCCGCCGAAGGAAAUUAUUGCGACCAAAGUGACCGGCACCGUCAAAUGGUUCAACGUGAAGAGCGGUUACGGUUUCAUCAACCGGAAUGACACCAAAGAGGACGUCUUCGUGCACCAGAGCGCCAUUGCCCGCAACAAUCCGAAAAAGGCUGUCCGCUCGGUGGGCGAUGGAGAGGUGGUCGAGUUCGAUGUCGUUAUUGGCGAGAAAGGCAACGAGGCGGCCAAUGUUACCGGUCCGUCUGGAGAGCCUGUGCGCGGCAGCCAGUUUGCUGCGGACAAGCGUCGCAACUUCCGGCCCUGGAUGAAGAAGAACACCCGUCGCAAGGAUGUCGAGGAGGGGGAUGAGAUGGAGUCCCCAGACCAGCAGCAGCAGCAGCCCCUUGAUGGACAACAGCAGCUGCAGUCCGGACCCCGCCAGCCCCGCCAAAACUAUCGUCGCGGGCCAAGCGGACCCCCCGGUGGACCUCGCGGCGUUCCCCGUGGUCCAGGCGGACCCCCUGGUGGACCCAGGCGCUACAACAACUACUACCCGCGUCAGCAGCGUCGCGGUUUGGGCGGCGGUGAUGGCAGCAGUGCCGAUCCUGGUGUUCACGACCAGAAUCCCGAGGGUCUGCAGCGCGGCGGAGAAGGCCCUCGUCGCGGUGCCGGCGGCCCCGGCGGACCCCAGAGACGCUUCUUCCGACGCAACUACAAUAACGGGCCACCACCACCACGACGCGAUGGCGGGGAGUACAGUGAGUACACUGCACCAAUUCAAGGCCAGGGCCCGCCGCGCCAGCAGCAGCCGCGCCCCCGUCGCCAGAAUCGGAAGCCGAAUGGUCCUGGCGGUGGUCUGGAGCAGCAGCAGCAGCAGCCACAGCAGAACGGCGCUCAGGAGGUGCAGAAUACUACAACAGAAAGUACUGCAUAGAUCCAGACAACAAGAAGAACACCAUCAACACCACCAGAAGCAGCAGCAACAGCAGAAACAUGCAACAAAACCCACUCAAAAAAAAAAAAAAAAAAAAACAUCAAGUGCUGCAGACUCUGCAGAUAAGAGCAACAACAAACUGGGCCGUAGCGUAUAUUUCUUUCGUUUGCUUUGCUUUCCGUUUUGUAGGGAAACUCUCAUACACCCCCAUCUCAUACAAUAGCAAAGAGGAAUAAUUUCAAAUUCAAAUUUAGAACCCCGAAAAUCUGCAAAACAAAUUGAAGUGUAUUAUAGUAAGCAAUAAAUUCAAAUACGCCCAGAAAUUCUCAGAAAAGAGAGGUCAACAAACAUGAAAAUAACAUUUUAAAUUAUUUCACAAAAGUUAUUUUGAACCCUUUACCACUCGAACAAGCACACUACCAUUCACCCUCAUUCACGGCUCACGCAAGUUGAAAACCGUCUAAUUAACAUAACUGUAACUGAAAAUAUCGAAAGAGGGGCGAAACGUAACAGCAGAGCAGAGCAAACAAGAGAAUCAUGUAAUUCACAGCAAACUUCAUAAAGAAACUGAGAAAAGAGCAAAAGCGAAAAAUCUACAUACAACAAAUGCAAAAUGGCAACAAAGGAAAAGUAAAAAAAAACUUUAAAAA